CCCUGCGAGGCCGGCAGAGCGGACGCCCGAGCCCGGAGAGGAUGCGCCCGGCCGAGCCGCCUGGGCCUGCGGGAGCCUGCUGCACUUGAGAUGGAGCUACUGCCCCUCUGGCUCUGCCUGGGUUUGCACUUCUUGGCUUUGGAAUGGAGGAUUGGAAACGGAAUGGCUGCAGCAGCAUCCCAGGGGGGCUGCAAGUUGGUGGACGGGGCGGCUGACUGCCGCGCGCAGAACCUGGCAGCGGUGCCCAGCUCUCUCCCACCGGCCUCGCACACUCUCCUCCUGGACGCCAACCCGCUGAGGACGCUGUGGAACCAUUCCCUGCGGCCCUACCCGCGCCUGCAGCACCUCAGCUUGCACCGCUGCAAUCUGGGGCGCCUGGCCCGCGGGGCCUUCCAGGAGCAGGCCCGGUUGCACAGCCUGGUGCUGUCGGACAACGCGCUCUGGGAGAGUCCCCGGGAGACGGCGGCCGCCCUGCGCGGCCUGCAAGACCUGCGGCGGCUGGACUUGUCGGGGAACGCCCUGACGGAGGACACGGCAGCCCUUUUGCUCCAGAACCUCUCAUCCCUGGAGUCCCUGUCCCUGGCGCGCAACACCAUCAUGCGGCUGGACGAGACGGCCUUCGUGGGCCUGCGGCGCCUCCAGGAGCUGGACCUGCAGAGAAACUACAUCUUCGAGAUCGAGGGCGGCGCCUUCGACGGCCUGCCCUUGCUGAGGCGCCUCAACCUGGCCUACAACAACCUGCCGUGCCUGGUGGACUUCGGCCUGACGCAGCUGCGCCUCCUCAACGUCAGCCACAACGCCCUAGAGUGGUUCCUGGCCUCCUCGUCCGAGGCUGCCUUCGAGCUGGAGACCCUGGAUCUGUCGCACAACCAGCUGCUCUUCUUCCCGCUGCUGCCGCAGUCCAGCAAGCUGCACACCCUGCUCCUGCGGGACAACAGCAUGGGCUUCUACCGGGACCUCUACAACGCCUCGUCGCCGCAGGAGAUGGUGGCCCAGUUCCUCCUGGUGGACGGCAAUGUCACCAACGUCACCACCGUCAGCCUCUGGGAAGAGUUUGCCUUCAGCGACCUCGCCGACCUCCGCUUCUUGGAUCUGAGUCAAAACCAGUUCCAGUACCUGCCAGGUGGCUUCCUGAAGAAGAUGCCCGUCCUGGCCCACCUGAACCUCAACCAGAACUGCCUGCGGAGCCUCCACAUCCGUGAGCAUGAGCCCCCAGGCGGCCUCACCGAGCUGGACCUGAGCCAGAACCAGCUGUCCGAGUUGCACUGGGUGCCCGGACUCCCCAGCUGCCUGAGGAGCCUCCGCUCCUUCAACCUGAGCUCCAACCAGCUCCUGGGGGUCCCCUCUGGCCUCUUCGCAGACGCCAGUAACAUCACUACAGUUGACAUGAGCCACAAUCAGAUUUCACUCUGUCCUACUCCACCAAAGCCAGCUAGCUCAGGUCCUGAGGGACCCCCCACUUGCGUGGAUUUCCGCAAUGUGACAUCUCUCCAGAGCCUCUCACUGGAGGGCUGCGGGUUGGGAGCACUGCAGGACUGCACUUUCCAGGGCACCUCCCUCACCCACUUAGACCUGUCCGGCAACAGGGGCGUUUUGAAUGGAAGUGUCGCCUUUCUGCACCAUGUUGCCCCCACUCUUCAAGUUUUGUCUCUUAGGGACGUGGGUCUUAGCCCUGGCUUCAAAGAGUUAGACUUCUCAGGAUUUGAGAACCUGAGGGCCUUGGAUCUCUCAGGAAAUGCGCUGACCAGUUUCCCCAUGUUUGGGGUCAGCCUAGCGCUGCAGACCCUGGACCUACGCAGAAACUCACUCACGGCCCUUCCCCAGAGAGCAGAGCUGGAGCCCCUGCUGAGAAGUCUUCGAACCCUCUACCUCAGCCAGAAUCCGUAUGACUGUUGUGGGGUGGAGGGCUGGGGGGUCCUGGAGCACCUGCAUAUCAUCACCGAUGGGGCCAUGGUCACAUGCAACCUCUCCUCCAAGAUCAUUCGCCUGAGAGAGCUGCCAGCUGACGGCCUCCCUCAGGACUGCAAGUGGGAGCAUGUGGACGUGGGCCUGCUCUACCUCGUUCUCAUCCUUCCCAGUUGCCUCACCCUGCUGGUGGCCUGCACCAUCAUCUUCCUCACUUUCAAGAAGCCUCUGCUGCAGGUCGUCAAGAGCCGCUGUCACUGGUCCUCCAUAUACUGAGUGGGCUGGGACCACCUUCAGAAGAAGACUU